CUGCGUUUCGCAGAGACAUCGCCACAAGAAACCAGAUUGACGCUAAAAGAUUACACAGCGCCUGGUGAGUGACCUAACCUUGAAACCAGUUGUUUGCUAAACACCUUCGCAGUCUUUUCAUUUUUUUUUAAAUUUUUGUCUGGUUUUUCUAUAAACAAACCUCAAAACCUGGAACAGAGGAUUUGGUUGCAAAGGUUGCAGAUUUUGCAAAAUUCGGAGACCACCAGAAUUUGAGUAUAUAAUGGGAGACGGUGACCUAGUCAGUUACAAUAGUUACCCUAGACGAAGAUAAACAAGCAAGAUGAACUCUAAGGUCCUCAUCUUCUGGUGCUUCGCUGCCCUUGUUGUGGUUACCGCCAGACCAGUUCCUGGACCCGAGGAAUCAGAGGAUUCCUCCUCAGAGGAAUCCUAUGAAUCCAGCGAAGCCAAGUACAGCUUCAGCUGGGCCGUGAGCGGCGACUCCUCCAGCAACGAGUUCGGACACGAUGAAACCCGCGACGGAGACGACACUCAGGGGUCGUACUACGUCCAGCUUCCAGACGGGCGUCUGCAGACAGUAAAUUAUUACAUCGAGGGUGACUCAGGUUACGUGGCUGAGGUCACUUACGAGGGCGAGGCCCAGUACCCCGAAUCGAACGAAUCCGAAUCCGAGUCCAAGUCAGAGGAAUCGGACGAGUCAGAUGACUGAAGAUCCGAAGUGAUUUCGACUGGAAAAUUAUUAUAGUUAAACUCUUUUAUCUAUGUUGUAUUAACGUUAUG